CUUCCCUGAUUAUCAUGUCCGACGUUGAAGAACUAGAGGAGUAUGAGGAGGAGGAAAAGGAGCAGAAGGAUGAUGAAGCAGAGAAGAAAGAAGAGCCUACUCGGCCUAAGACCACUUAUGUGCCAAAUAUGGCUCCUCCAAAGCUCCCUGAUGGUGAGAAAGUGGAUUUUGAUGACCUCCAUCGAAAGAGAUUGGAAAAGGACUUCAACGACCUCCAAACCCUAAUCGAGCUGCAUUUCACCAACCGGCAGAAAGAAGAAGAAGAGCUGAUUGCAUUGCAGAACCGCAUUGAACGCCGCCGCUCCGACAGGGCCGAGCAGCAGCGGGUUCAUGCUGAGCAGGAACGUGAGCGGCAAGCACGGCUUACUGAGGAACGCACCCGACGCGAGGAAGAAGCAGCUAAACUGCGUGCAGAGGAGGAGGCCAAGAAAAAGAAGAUCUUCAACAAUAAGUCCUACGGUAGCUACCUACAGAAAGCGGAUCAGAAAAGAGGCAAGAAGCUGACAGCAAGAGAGGAGAAGAAGAAGGCUUUGAUGGAGCGGCGCAAGCCUCUCAUCUUCGACCACCUGAGCCAGGAGAACCUGGUGGUGAAGGUGCAGGACCUCUGGCAGUGGCUGUACCAGCUGCAUGCAGAGACGUUUGAGCUGGCAGAAAAGCUCAAGAGGCAAAAGUAUGAAAUCUACAUCCUGAGAAACAGAGUCAGCGACCACCAGAGGGGUUCCAAAACAUCCAAGACCUCUUGCGGGGCCAAAGGCAGGUCUGGCUCCUGGAAGUGAGAGCAACACCUAAAUGGAAGACAUUUCUGGACUACUUGACAACUGUUUGCAUCUAAUAAGAUACUAACAUUUUCCAUAGAUUUAAUAUACAGAGAUUGUGCUUGUUUUCUUAAUUUCAAAUGUUAAAAUGAAGUUCAAUUUUCUGUUACGUGCCAUCUGUACAGAAAUUUGUACCAAAAACCUUCAUUAAAUUUGAUAUAGUACUU